AUGCACAUCCUUCUCACCAAUGACGACGGUCCGCCAUCUCCUCACUCCUCCCCCUACGUUCACUCCCUCGUCCAUCAACUCCAGCAAGCAGGCCAUGUCGUCUCCGUCUGCCUCCCGCACACCCAGCGCUCCUGGAUCGGCAAGGCGCACAUGAUUGGCCAGACUGUCAAGCCGCUCUACUACCGCCCCUCCACCGAAGGCCUUUUCGGUACAGAAGGCACGACCACGACUCGGCCCUCAGCCAACGGUGCCGACGACGAAUGGAUCCUCGUUGACGGCACUCCGGCGUCGUGCGUGCAGAUCGGCCUACACCACUUUUUCCAGGAGCGCGGGCCGAUUGACCUGGUCGUCAGUGGACCGAACUAUGGACGCAACACGACCGCUGUGUUCGCGCUGAGUUCGGGUACUUUGGGCGGUGCCCUUGAAGCGGCGGUUUGCAAGAGCAAGUCAAUCGCGCUCAGCUACGCCUUCUUUUCGAGGAACCAUGACCCCGUGAUCAUCGAGGGCGCCGCCAGGCACUCGGUCAAGGUCAUUGAGAAAUUGUAUGAGCAAUGGCCUGCGGGUGACGAGGUGGAUCUUUACAGCGUCAACGUGCCGCUUGUUGAGGGUGUUGAGACGCACAAGACGUACUUUACGAACAUGCUGCAGAAUUACUGGCGCGACGGCAGCUGCUUCCAGGAAAUUGACGGUGACGCUGGCGAUGAGGAUGAAGAAGAGGAGAAGAUUCGCGAGGGCGCCUUCGGGGAAACGUCUGCCGAGAACCCGAAGCAGGACGAGAAGACAAAGACUGAAGGUGAAAUUGCCAAGGGUCAUCGACACAAGCAUUUCAAGUGGGCGCCUAGAUUCACAGAUGUGUAUCAGAGCGUCGAGGAAGCUGCCCCUGGAAACGAUGGAUGGGCUGUGAAGGAGGGCUACACGAGUGUGACACCCCUGAAGGCCAAUUUCUGGCAUGCUUCCCAGCAACUCCAUCAGAAGGAGCUGAUUCUAGGGCCCCUGGGCAAGCUCGGCAUGUACUCUUACGCUCUCGAUCCGUUUGGGAAGACAAUAGAUUACAUGAUAAUCAUUUUCUUACGCCUCCUCCUCUGUAGUGACAGCCCGCAAACUGAGGCAUCUGCAAAGGCAGAAGAAGCCAGUCGCUCGUCGACUAGACUUCCCAUGCGAAGUUCCACCUUUGCCGCCCAGCAGUCGACCGCCAUGACAGCCGCGAGCCCGAAAUUUCACGCCAUUAUCAACUACGAGGACCCGUAUGUCCAACCGCUCAUCCUUGAGGCCAUGGAACGGCUAUUCCCAGGAGCAUACUCUCUUCUCCCUGUGCCGCAAGAAUCCGCCGACGCCGAACGCGCCCUUGCGGCCAGCCUUCCCUCGGCAGAUACGAAGAUCCUCCAUAUCGCUCCAUACGAAUCUCUCGACUUUGACCACGUCGCCGCGCACCCUGCCACGGCUCUCGUAAAUAGCUACGUCAUCCGGAAAGCUCUCAUCCGGAAGCACUACCUCUCGUCGACGGUGGAUCACUGGAUCGCGAAGCAUCCCUCCUCGUCACUCAAGACGCAUGUCAAACGUGGAGAGCAUUUUGAGGUAGACUAUGCCGAGUUCCUGGACGACGCGCUCGUUGAGGCGUUUGAUCUACGAGAGAGCAUGGACAGGAACGAGGGUGUCGAGGAGGAGGAUAAGAAGGAAUGGUGGAUUCUGAAGCCGGGCAUGAGUGAUCGCGGUCAGGGCAUCCGGCUAUUUAGCUCGAUGGAGGAGUUGCAGGGCAUCUUUGACGGAUGGGAAGAAGAGAGGCCCGACAGCGAGGACGAGGACGAGGAGAACGAGAACGAAGAGACUACUACCGCCGCUGAUGGACGCCAGGGAGGAGGGGACUACAUCACGACCUCGCACCUCCGCCACUUUGUCGCCCAGCCGUACAUCCACCCGCCCCUCCUCCUCCCCUCCGACGCCCGCAAGUUCCACAUCCGCACGUACGUCCUCUGCGUCGGCAGCCUGGACGUCUACGUCUACAAGCCGAUGCUGGCGCUGUUCGCGGGCAAGACGUACCGCGCGCCAUGGGAGGAUGUGGACCUGGACGGCCACCUGACGAAUACCUGCUUGCAGGGAGGAGGGGGGGAAUCUGCCUUGCCGCCCGUGAAGCUGUUUUGGGAUCUUGUUCCUUCUGGCAAGGGAGCGGGAACGGGAGCUGGUGCUAGAGAGGAAGCGGGUCUCUCUGCUGAGACGGCGGACCGCAUCUUUGAGCGCAUUUGCGACGUCACGGGCGAGAUCUUCGAGGCCGCGGCGCGGGAAAUGACGAUCCAUUUCCAGCCUCUGGACAACGCGUUCGAGGUGUUUGGGCUGGACUUCCUCGUCGACGAGAACGCCGCGCCCUGGCUGCUCGAGGUCAACUCGUUUCCGGAUUUCAAGCAGACGGGCGGAGACCUGAAGGGCGUGGUAGCCGGGUUCUGGGAGGAGUCGUUGAGGAAGGCCGUCGGCGGGUUCUUUGGGGUCGAGCCUGCCGCUGCUGUUGUUGGAGAAGCUGACAUGGUUCAUGUUAGACGGGUCGACUUGGGCAGACGGUAA